AUGCUUUCCAAGAAGCAGCGCCAGCGAGAGCUUGCCUGUGCUGAAGAUAUAUCACUUCUCUCCAUUCUGAGCCCUCCCUCAUACUCUCCGCUGGUGAACAAGCCACCAUUCCUAAAGUCCCAACCUGACUCUUCGCGAGUUUUGCCGUUCGAAACCGAAGUCAGUCUGGCAAGCACUUUGGCUUUCCUCUCUGGUAUCUCCGACGACCCCAGCCAUGUGGUGGCAGCCUCUGUGGAAGAGUUGGGAAAUGGAAACGGGAUAUGUGUCAGAGUGGCCAUCAACAAAGACCAUGCCGGCGGCGGAGAUGAUGUGUUGGAAAGGAUCCAAGAUGGGUUGCAAAGGGUGCUGAAGUGUCUAGCCCCCAAACACACAGACUCGGACGAUCACACCCACGAUCAGACUUUGACGGCGAUACUGGAUAUGUCCCAACCACGGCUGCUAUCUCGUCUCGGAGUUCAGCGGGCUGGAAUCAAGAAGGCCCCAAAGGACAAGUCCUUUUUCGGUUCACCCAUUCAGCAAAUCAUCAAUGCUGUCAGCCAAUACAAAUACACCAAGAAGGUGGAAACAGAAGCUCGCAGAUUUAUUAAACUGGCUGGGGAGCUACUCACUCACCUCGAACAGCUCAAGACUUGCAAAGUAGUAGCUCUAACAGCCUGUUUCAAACGGGUCACUUACACGUCGUCCCAGCUUAUAGCAAGCAUCAAGUUUGACAAGCUAUUCUCAGCACUGAAUAUCAACCCAUUGAUGAAAACUGGGUUUGUCACUCGACUUGGAAAGAUUGCCCGGUACUACGAGAGUUCACACUUUCUAGUCCAGCUGGCGAAGAGGAGCAUACUUUUUGACAACACGGAGGUCAAAACGAUCAAAUUAAACGAGGAAGCAUUUUUGAGAGUUCCAAACUCUGAGACCAUUCAUCGACUAUCAGAAUGCCUCUCACGUUGCCAUCCCGGCGCUCAAUUGCCUCUCAAUAUCAACAAAAUCUGCCAAAAGGUCAAGACGGAUCCGACAAUGGCCAACGCAGUGUUUGGGAAGGCAACCAGGAAGAUACUGGCUGAGUCGAAGGUCCAUGCGGAAGUGCAGAUAGUGGCCUACUAUGGGCUUCAUCCAGUGGCGCGCAAGCCCCGGGUAAUAUGUUCAAACAAGGACGCAUGCUAUAUGUGCAACUUGUUCAUUCAAGUUCACGGGAUGUACUAUGUGCCCAAGAGCCAUGGAAGAUUGUAUACUGGCUGGAGGGUCCCGCCUAUAUCUUCCCUCAGCGACGCACAUGCUCAGCUUGACAAAGCUUUGCAGAACAAGAUCAGGGAUGUUGUUCAGGAGUUCAAGGAUGUUGGUGAUCGAGAACGGGUAUUGGAUCUCAAUCAGAAUGAGAGCACCAUCUUUCCAUUCACGACCCUUAUGUCGUCGCUGGAAGGCAUAUCACUGCCCGUGGCAAAGCCUCCACAGGCCGGUCAGGUGCAGAAGCCUCCGCGACCACCCCAGAAACUACACGAGCCACCUCAGCGUCGAUUACCCGAGCGACCACGAUCAGAGCAAAGACAGCCAGAGCAAUCGCAAGAGCAACCACAAGAGCUAUCGCCUGCAACUACACAACUGUCCAAGCCUCACAUAGUCAAAACAAGCACCCCACGCAUAGAACGUCGAGAUGAGAGAAUCACUGAUCAACAGCCUACUAUUGAACCAACAUCAACAACCCCCGAGUCAUCUUCAACACCUGUGUUCAGCCCAACACUUGUAGCGCCAUCUCCAGAAGAUCUUGCAUCGCCUCCAACCCCUUCAGAAUCCCGCCCAGCGCCAGUAAACCUCGUCCCAAUUGCUAUCAGAACUCCACCCACACCAACCGAAAAGCCCUUCGCGUUACCAAACGAUAUUCCCGAACCACUCGACCAGCUCUCAGGCCCCAUCAUGAAGCCAGAUUCAUCCCAGCAGACCACGAGCAUCAAGAAGCCAGCCCGCAUACCCAACAGAAACCAAGGCUCACCGCCGAGACCAAACCCGCCAGUAAAACAAGACACGCCCAUCCCCGUAAAAACCCUCCCAAAACCAACCCUCGCCAACCUCUCGCUCCUCGACCAACAAUCUCCCGACCUGUUGGAAAACCAAAAACCAACACGACAAACGAGCCGAACUUCGUCAGAGCUAGCAGAGGUAACCCCUUCUCUGCCCACCAAAGCUCAAAACUCGCGAGGAAGCGAGGGUAAAAGGGUAGAGUCGUCUGAGCAAAAAGGAAAAGUCUUGCUCCAAAGGGGGAAAACCACUAGUAUUUGGAUGGACGAGGGGGUGCUGCCGCCUGUUUUUACGGCUGGGGGGCUGGAUAUCUUUUUGGAGAAGGUGACUGAAUGUAAAAGAGGGAGAAAAAGGGAAAGCACCGGGAAGGUGGUGAGGGUGGAUUUAACUUGGUUGGGUGGGGAGGGUGAGAGAAGGCCACGGAUGAAGAGGGGGAGGAAUUAUCAUUUCCUAGAGGGGCUGGAGAGGGGGAUGGAGGUCGAUGGGGGGAGCGGAGAGGUUGUGGUUUUGGAGGGGGGUGGGGAGGUGGUUGUUGUUGAGGUUGUUGGGGAGGGAAGGGGGAAGGGGUUGUCGGGGAGUAAGGCCGAAUGGGUAUGA